AUGACCUGCCUUCCCCACACAGCGGCCGCCCGGCUGGAGGAGGCGCAGCGGGAGACGCGGGAGCUGAUCCGUCAGCGCGUGGAGCAGCUGGUGCGGCUGAUCCGUCAGGAGGAAGAGGAGCUGUUGGGGCUGGUGGAGGCGCGGCAGGAGCAGGGCCGUCGGGAGCUGGCGCGGGAGCUGCGGCACGUGGAGGGGGUGCUGCGGCGGAUGGAGGCGGGCGAGAGGCUGGUGGAGAAGAUGAGCCUGUACGCCACGGAGCAGGAGGUGAUGGACAUGCAGCCCUUCAUCAAGGGCUCGCUGCAGGAGCUCCAGCGGCUGCAGCCACCGUCAGCCGGGGACCAAGCGGGGCCUGGGCCCUUUGCUGAGUGCAGGGCCAGGCUGCAGGCACUGGUGGAGCGCGUCACGGAGCACCCAGCAACAGGUACCUCCACUUCCCAGCACAAUUCCCUGUCUGACGAGAGCACUGUGAUCCUUGACCUCAAGCAUCCCGGGGAGGAUUGCCAACCACAAGGAGAUCUCCCUGUGGACCUGCUGGCCCACCACCAGCCCUGUGCCCCUGUGUCAGACCCCUCUGGUGGCCGAGGACACGUGUGCCCCAACCAGGGAGGGGGUAUGUCCCCCACCCUACCCACAGCUCCAGCUCUUCUGAUGCAGAGGGAGGAAGAAGCAGAGGAAGACUCAGGCUCAGCCCAUGGGGACACUGUGCCUCUUCCCAGGAGCAUCCAGGACUCUCUGACCUCCCUGCAGGAAGGUUUUGAUGGCUGGGCCAGGUCCAACGUGCAGCAGGCAGACAAGCUCCUGAGGAUGGGCACUCGCCUCCUGCAAGCUCAGCAGAGGGCAAACAGGCACCUAGUGGCCAUGACCCGGGAGAUCCGGGCCACGUCCCAGUCCCUGGCCACCAUUGCCUCUGCUGUGGGACCCCUGGUGCAGUCCGUGGCCUGCCCACAGAACCCCUCCACCGCAGACAUGGACUGGCCAUCGCUGCCCUCCAACUUGCUGGACUUAUUCCCUUCCAGCACCCCGCAGAAGGAUGAACUGCCGGUCCCAGUGGCUGCUGUGGCCCUUUCCCCCAGAACACCCCCUCCUGCCACCCCCCCUGCCAGCCCAACACACUCUGAGACCCCCAGCUUAGAGUCUGAGUGGGAAUGCCCCAAAUCAUUGCUUCCCACCAGGGGCAAGCGGGGUGGGCAGCCCUGCAGGAGACUUCGGAAGCGGAGGAAGUGAGGGUCUGCAAAGCAGGACGUUUGCCAUGGACUGUGGCUGCUUGGAAAACCCUCCAGAGGUCCCUGUGGAGACCUUUAGGGCUCCAUUUCACCUUGCCAUGCCAAUA